AUGUCUGCACGCCGCCCAGCAGACAACUCGGCGCCAGGUCAGCCAGGCCCCAAGCGCCCAAAGACCAAUGCUCCCAUCGACAUCGCCGCCGUCCGAGCCCAGCUCGCCGCUCGCAAAGCUGCCCUCGAACAGCAAAAGCUCGGCGGGGCCUCUCCAGCUCCCGCUUCUGGCUCUGCCUCCCCGGCGCCCCCUACCCCGGGUCCUGCAGUCUUGCCUAAAGCACCGGCUAUAGAUGGCGGCAUACAAGCAAAACUCGCAGCUGCACGAGCCCGGCUCGAAGCUCUCAACCCCGCCCCCGCCCCUAAACCCAACAACCCCUACCUUUCUGGCUCUGGCAAUGUCCCCAAAACCGACUCUCCACAACCAGCGGUAUCAUCUGUGGCUCUUCACCCGCUUUUGAUGGGAGACAACAACCCGCAACAGGCCGAGAAGGAAAAGAAUGAAAAGAAGGCCAUGAGGGAUCGGUACAAGCCUAUGGCACCGAAAUUCUCCUCUGUAAGGGCGAAUGCAUCGGCAGCACAGGCGCCUUCAAGGGCAUCCCCCGCCGCACCUCCAUCUGCUGCGACUAGUUUCAACCCCUAUGCUUCAAACUCGGCCUCGGCGUCGCCUGCGCCGGACGAGGGGCGAGGGGCUACCCGCAAAUCGCGAAAGCUGCAGUUUAGCAGGCAGGGAAAGUAUGUGGAGCAGGGAGAUCAGUUGCGAAAUGAGCAGAAAAUGGAAGCGUUGAGGUUGAGGAUCGCAGAGGCUAGUAGAAAGGCUGGGUUGGAUAGUGAAUUCGAUACCCUGGAGAGGAGUUUCAAGAGGCAGCCCCCUCCUGCUAUAGAGUGGUGGGAUGAGGCCAUCCUUCCCAAGGGUACUUCAUACGAGGAUGAUCUCGAGCCAGCCUUUGCCGACAUGGUCACCAACACCGCUUCGCUCAUCACCCACCUCGUCCUCCUACCUAUCCCCAUUCCUGCCCCUCAGGACCGCAAGCAAGCUGAGCGUGUCUUGAUGCUCACCAAGAAGGAGCAGAAGAAGAUGCGCCGACAGCGUCGACAGGCCGAGUUGGAAGACAAACGCGACAGGCAAAAGAUGGGUCUCUUGCCGCCCGACCCUCCCAAGGUCAGACUGGCAAACCUUAUGAAGGUCUUGACGAGUGACGCGGUUCAAGAUCCGACCAAGGUGGAGGCGAAAGUGCGGAAAGAAGUGGCAAUGCGAGCGUACAAGCACGAGAAGGAUAACAAUGACAGAAAGUUGACAGUCGAUGAGAGAAAGGAGAAAGAGUAUAACCAGAUGUUGGCCAAAGAGAGGAAUGGAAUCCGUGGCGCCGUUUUCAAGAUCAAAUAUCUUACAAACGGCCGCCACAAGUUCAAGGUCCGCGAGACAGCCAAAUCAGAUCUCUUGUCAGGCAUCUGUAUCUUCCACCCGAAAUUCGCUCUCGUGUUUGUGGAAGGUGUCGACAAGUCUGUCAAGCACUACAAACGUCUCUUGCUCAACCGUAUUGACUGGACUGAGCAAGCUCGUCCUAUGGACGGGUCAGACGGGUCAGACGGUGAAGGCGGCAAGGGCGGGGCGGAUGGCGAUCAGGACUUGGCGGAUAACAAAUGUGAACUCAUCUGGGAGGGAGAAUUGACUGAACGAACGUUCAAGAUGUUUAGGGCGAGGCAUGUCGAGACGGACGGAAAGGCGAAAGAGUGGUUGACGCCCAGGUUUGAGGGCAUGUGGGAUUUGGCCAAGAGGUGGAAGUGGGAGGGAGAGGAUAUGUGA